AUGGAUCUCCCGGCCGCACCGACACCGCCCUCUGGCGGAAACAAUGCGUCUGACCGCACCGCCAACUUGCUCAAUCUUCUCAAGUUCAGCGGCAGCUCUUCUGGUGCAACCUCUCAGCAGCAGUUUGAAAAACAGCAGCAGCCUCCGAAACAGCCUAGCUUGCCCCAGAACUCUGCGCCUGCUCGUCUUCAUCAGCCUGCACCAGCAGGCGCCGAUCCUAGUGGUUUGCUCGCCGCCUUAAUCAGAGGCAAUUCUGAGAAUGACGAAGCAUCCCAGGACCAGCCGCCGCCAGACGCAGCGCAGCCAUUGAAUCCGUUCGGCAAUGGCUCCCCUCCGGCGGAUACGAGAUCAUACCUCCUGAAUUUGCUCAAUCGGCCCAAGCCUAGUCAGACAGAUCAGCCUAUGCUCAUGGAGCCUGGGCCAGGUCAGACACAAUCGCACAAAGGCAAUGAAAAGCUGCAAGAUGUGUACCACGAGCAGCAAGCGACCCAGAUGCAGGCACACAACGCCUACGUGCCCGCUCAACAGCAGCCCGACUCCUCCACGGCUGCCAGGCAGCCCACUUCAAACGCCGGUUCUUCGUAUUCGUUCAAUGCUUCACAGGAUGCCCAAACGGGCAUGUCUGCAGCUUUAUACCAGCAGCUUCUCGGCAGUCUCUCGAAAACGUCUCCACACAGCCAGCCAGGGGUCGGAGCUGCAAACGCCGGUCCGCUGCACAUUCUCAAAAGGGACCAGGGCUCGCCAGCUGGCCGUCACCCGCACGAGCAAUCGGCGACGCGUAGCCACGAACAAAGUCCUCAUGCUAGUCCCCGAGACCAAGCGCGUCAACGUGUUGACCGUGCUGCAUCCUACCAAUCUCAACAGUCUUCUCAGCCUCCCGCACGCGUUUCCCCUUCAGCAGAUCUAGCCUCGGGGCAGCAUAGCCACCAAACUGCCAAGGAGCCUGUGUCUUCAGCAGUCAACGAAUUGGCCAGCAAGGCUGAUUUGGAUGCUCGUGAAGCUCUUGCACGCGCAGAGCACCAGCAACAAACACGCGUCGACAACGCCACAACCCUCGCCAGUCAAGCAAUCGAGAUGCUUUCCCAUGAGAAACCCGAUGAGUCUUCUGGCUCGCAGUUGGCACAUGCUAAUGGUGAAGCAAGCAAGGAUCUGAAACAUGAUCUUCGCGAAAUCCAAGUGUCAGAGACCACUGCUCAGCCUGUUCGCGUUUUGACUGAGGAGGACCAAGCUGUUGCCGAUAGCUGGGAGAGUGCCGACCAAGACACAAUUGUGGUCAUCGAAGAGCCUGAAAUUCCUCCUGUCAAAGUCUACAAUUUUCCAAUGAAGCCCUGGAUAUCAAUCAGUCUUCAAGAAGAUGCGACCGAUCCCCGACCGCAAUUUCGUGAUGAAUCCAUCAUGGACAUUGCUCGACUGAAGAAAGAGUUUGAUCAGAUCGAUCGCAAUCUUUACACUGCUUCGCAAACCUACAUGACUUACGGUAUGUCGAAGCAAGGUGGUCUUCGUGUUAUCCGACAGGACGACGGAAAGGAUGCCAAGGUGUUUACGGACACCAAGGAUCGCAUCUUCAACGUUGCUAUGUCUGUCACACCUCCCGAUUACGAAGGGCCUCACAAGGAGGCCAUCCUCGGUACAGGCAUCAGUGGCACUGUGUACUGGGUCCAGAUCAAAGAGGGUGAGAAGGACCACAUUGAUGAUGCUCACCUGGAGCAGUACGGAUUUGCUCUUCCUCCUGUUUCCACGCAGGAAGGUGAUGCUCCCGGUGGGGCCCUCAAAACUCGUGCUCGAGCAUCGACGAGCCACCCCGAAUUCUUCGCCGUCGGCCGUGGCAAAUGCAUCAACUUUAUUUGGCCCUCGCAUAUUUUCCAAAACAAUCUCUUUAAGCCUGGGCAUGACCGUGUGGCUGACACCGAGAAGCUCUUCAACGAAUGCUCUUUGAGAAUCAACACUGGCAAGGCGGGCAAAGAUUUCACCUUUAGUCAAGAUGACAGUGUUGUCGUAUCUUUGGACAAGUCUGGUCGGGUCAAGUUCUGGGAUGUUCGUGACCUCACCGCUGCCAAAGAAGGGACUAUCGGUCGCUCUGCACUGCCUGCUCACACUUCCAUGGAGGUCAAAGAGCCACUGAUGACUCUCGCCAGCACGCCGGAAGGUGAAAAAGCCUGGCCCACAUCAGUCCUGUUGCUGGACAAGCUUCGUCCCUAUCAGAAGAGGUGUGCCCUUCGCUACAUGAUUGUUGGUAUGAAACAAAACCACACUCUGCAGCUUUGGGAUCUAGCCCUUGGAAAACCCGUCCAGGAAUUCAAUCUACCCCACAGCAAGGAAUCAGAUGCCGUUUGCAGUGUCAUGUACCAUCCCGCCAGCGGUAUGAUUGUUAUUGGUCACCCAACGAGAAAUUCAAUCUAUUUUGCGCAUCUGUCGGCACCGAAGUACAACCUCAAGAGCGUUUCUCAGGCUGACUAUAUCCAGCGACUGGUCAGCCAGGAUUCCUCAAUCUCGCAACCGGAUAGUACCGCUGUGAUCUCUGGAGUCCGGGAAUACUCCUUCGCGAAUCGUGGUGUUUUGAGAAGUCUGGAUAUCCUCUGCAACCCUGCUAUGGUGCAAGAUGCCGAAGAGCCUACCCUCUUUGAACUCUAUGCCAUGCACUCGAAGGGCGUGGCCUGCAUGCUGAUCAAGCAGCAUGAGCUGGGAUGGUCCAAGGACAAUAAGGUUCUGCAAGCUAUUGACGCCGUUACUGAGGGUGUUGUCACGAUCUCCAAAUUAAAGACGCCACAGGCAGCGGAUAUUCAUACCCCUGAGGUGCGGUCCGGCAAUCGAAGCUCCGCCAAAGAUGGAAACGCCUCGUUGCCACCCAGCCACACUGAAACCAAUCAGCGGCCACUGGACUCGAACACUGCCUCCAAAGCUCGCAAUGAAGGCAAAGAUAAUGAUGUCAUCACCCAAUCUCCCAAAGAGAAUCACCCCGAGAAGCCCGAGAAAAAAUCUAGAAAGAAGAAGUCCGCCGCCUCUAAGGAAGCCGAAUCGUCAUCCAGUAAAAGCGUCAAUGGCAUCUCACCUGAUGCCAUGGAGAAUGCUAUUGCCAGCAUGGAGGCUCGUCUGUCCACUCAAUUAUCGGAUACAUUGAAAUCUUCAUUGAGAAACCUGCAGGGCAAGAUUGACGAAGGCGCUCGCGUCAGGGACGAGAGCUUCAACCAUCAUCAGCUGAAGCUCCUUGAUAUGGUCUCCGAGGUGCUGAACGAGAACACCCAGAAGGUGCUCGAAUCUCUGAUUCACAGGCAAUUCACUGAGCUGGUCAUACCUGCUAUCGGUGAAAAGACAAGCAAGAGCGUUACAGACCUCCUCAACAACAGGCUUCAACCGAAUGUUGUCUCGGCCGUGCAGAAGGAAGUGCAAUCUGCCAUUCCACAGGCACUCAACCAGGUUCUGCGAUCGGGGGAUUUCGCGAAUUCUAUCGCCGAACGAGUUGGCCCAGCCGUAUCAACGGCUGUGCAGCGCGACAUGGCUGCCACUCUGACACAGCGCCUUGCCCCGACUUUGAAUUCUGUCGCCACGCAGUCAGCUCAACGUGUCGGUGGCGAUCUUCAGCAACAGCAUCACGAGCAAUUCGAGCAGCUGAAGGCCCAGCAUAUGGCGGAUUCGAGCAAGAUUGAUCAGCUCAGAUCUCAGGUCAGCCAGCUCACGGAAAUGGUCUCAAACUUGGUGUCAACACAGUCUUUAAUGCAGUCCGAGCUGUAUAAACUCAAGCAGCAACCCGUCCAUGAGUUGCCUGGCAUAUCAGGCAAUCAAAAUCACCAUGUCCCCAGCACAGUUGCACCGCACGGAUACGGCAACGCCAACAAUAUCAGCACAGGUAGCCACCCAGCGAGCUUUGCAACCAGCCAGGCUGCGAGCAACACGCAGCCAUACAUGGGUAGUCCUCAGUAUAUGCGAGGGCAGCAACAUAUCAGAAGCCCGCAUGGCUCAAGCGGCCCAUCUGAUCAUAUUGGUCCGGCUAAUCCCGUCAACGCUUUAGCAGCGUAUUCAGCUCGUGGAGCAAGCUAUUGGUGA